GCGUUUCUCAGUUCGCUCGCUCCGCCAACCUCCAUUGAUCGCCCAACCAAGACGUCGUGUAACUGCCUCGGAAACUUAAAUUUGCUCUCCGAUAUGUACUUGUUACUGUUGGAACACCAAACCUUCGCCGCCUCUGCUAUUGCCCAGUCAGUCUCUGGCAAUUUCAUGUUUCUCCAUAUGAGGUCGGCGCGGACUCCAACCCUCUUCCUCUCGCUCCCAAUUGCCGAUUCUCGAUCUUUGUCUCUUCUCGCGGAAGAGUCGUGGCCGGUGAUUUCGCCUGGUAUUAUAAAGCAUCCGGGCACGCCUAAUGCCAUGUUAGUGCAUACGCCCCACGCCGAUUUAAGCCACCAACCCUCCGACAGGCUAUCAGCAACACUAAACGGCAACGGAUCCUCAGUCUCAUACAGACACAGCCUAGAAAAUGAAGAAACGAAGCAUGAUCAGAAGUGCCCGGGGUAUAUUUUUUUCGAUGGACUACAACAACUUACCAGUUCAGCAAGCAUUCAUAAAUUAGCUGACUCUCGGUAUCUCGAGGACGCCUGUCCAGUAGAUCUUGCAAGUCCUCAAGCGUGGCCACGCUGUCGAAUUUGUCGAGAUACUCCGAUGCCUCUUUUGAAUAGGGCGGAAUGUGUGGGAGAUCGCUGCUAAUUUCGGUCCAAUCGUCCUUUGAGAACAACUGCCGCGUUGUCUUGUCGCUCAAAUCAAUCAUAAAGGAUGAAUUGGACUGCACAGAAGUUAGCCUAUAAAUUUUUUAAAAAAAUUAAAAAGAAACUUAUUGCAAUUCAUUAAUGCUCUGUCCCGCCUCGAACAGCACAUCCUCGACCACAGUUCCUGAUCUGAGUGUCCAUUUUCCCCCUAGACUCGAGAAGCGGCGCUGAAGAGAUCUCCUCCUGUCGUCGGUAGACUGGUUAGAAAUAGAAAGUUAAU